GAAACAGUCAUUGCAACAUCCGCGGCUGGGUUCGAAUCGCUUUCCUCGAUCGUCCCUUCGCCUUCCUCUCCGAUCUCCUGACUCGUCCCCGCCCUCUCUCUCUCUCUCUCUCUCGGUUUCUCCGAUUCCUGGGUUGGUUUGGUCGGAAUCGGAGUGAUCUUGAGGUUCUUGAUUUCUUGGCUUUUGUUAGGGAGGGAAUCUGAUCGUGAGGCGGCAUGGAGAGCUUGAUUUCGCUGGUCAAUAGGCUGCAGAGGGCUUGCACAGCUCUAGGCGACCAUGGGGAGGAGAGCGCCCUCCCGACGCUCUGGGACUCGCUGCCGACGAUUGCCGUCGUCGGUGGACAGAGCUCUGGCAAGUCUUCAGUACUGGAAAGCAUAGUUGGGAAGGACUUCCUACCAAGGGGUUCAGGAAUUGUUACUAGACGCCCGCUUGUACUCCAGCUACAUAAGAUUGAUGGAGAGAGAGAAUAUGCUGAGUUCAUGCACCUUCCAAGGAAGAGGUUCACAGAUUUUGCUCUUGUUCGGAAGGAGAUUCAAGAUGAAACUGACAGAGAAACUGGUCGUACCAAGCAAAUUUCCCCUGUUCCGAUCCAUCUGAGUAUUUAUUCUCCUAAUGUUGUGAACCUGACACUCAUUGAUCUUCCUGGUCUCACAAAGGUGGCUGUUGAGGGCCAACCUGAUAGCGUUGUUGCCGAAAUUGAGAAUAUGGUUCGCUCAUAUAUUGAAAAGCCAAAUUGUAUAAUUCUUGCCAUUUCACCAGCCAAUCAGGACCUUGCCACAUCUGAUGCUAUUAAGAUGUCCCGUGAAGUAGACCCUAAGGGUGAAAGGACUUUUGGUGUACUUACUAAGAUUGAUCUUAUGGACAAGGGCACUGAUGCUGUCGAUAUAUUGGAAGGAAAAUCAUAUCGUCUGCAGUACCCUUGGAUUGGCAUUGUUAAUCGCUCUCAAGCUGAUAUUAACAAGAACGUGGACAUGAUUGCUGCUAGGCGGAGAGAAAGAGAAUAUUUUGCAAAUACACCAGAAUACAAGCAUCUAGCUCACAGGAUGGGUUCAGAGCAUUUAGGGAAGAUUCUCUCAAAGCAUCUGGAACAAGUAAUCAAAUCUCGAAUUCCAGGCAUCCAGUCUCUCAUAAAUAAGACUAUUGCUGAACUUGAAGGUGAACUAAAUCGUCUUGGGAAACCUAUUGCUGCGGAUGCUGGAGGCAAGCUAUAUGCAAUUGUGGAAAUUUGCCGUAUCUUUGACCAAAUUUACAAGGAACAUCUCGAUGGCGUGCGACCUGGUGGUGAAAAAGUUUACAAUGUUUUUGAUGCUCAACUCCCUGCAGCUCUGAAAAGGUUGCAAUUUGACAAGCAUCUAUCCAUGGAGAAUGUGAGAAAACUUAUCACUGAAGCUGAUGGAUACCAACCUCACUUAAUCGCUCCUGAACAAGGAUAUCGUCGUCUCAUUGAAUCUUCAUUGGUUUCUAUCAGAGGUCCUGCUGAUGCAUCUGUUGAUGCGGUUCAUGCUAUAUUGAAGGAUCUUGUUCACAAGGCUAUCAAUGAAACUCCAGAGCUGAAGCAAUACCCUACCUUGCGAGUUGAAGUUGCCAAUGCAGCUUUUGAAUCAUUGGAGAGAAUGAGGGAAGAAAGUCGAAAAGCAACUCUUAAACUAGUGGAUAUGGAGUGCAGUUACCUUACUGUAGACUUCUUCCGAAAGCUUCCUCAGGAUGUUGAGAAAGGCGGAAAUCCUGCACAAUCUAUUUUUGAUAGAUACAAUGACUCGUACCUCAGACGCAUAGGAACAACUGUUCUGGCAUAUGUCAACAUGGUAUGUGCAAGCUUGCGGAACUCCAUUCCAAAGUCUAUUGUAUAUUGUCAAGUUCGCGAGGCUAAACGCUCCUUGCUUGAUCAUUUCCUUACUGAGUUGGGAAAAAAGGAGGCUAAGCAGUUGGGAUCGAUGUUGGACGAGGACCCAGCGAUCAUGGAGCGCAGAGCUGCCCUUGCCAAGAGACUAGAACUAUACAAAAGUGCGCAAGCUGAGAUCGAUGCAGUCGCAUGGUCUAAGUAGGGGUGCCCGAAGGGGAUUGCCAUUUCCUCUCCCACCUCCAUCACUCACUGUUGCUGUGUAUAGAUCCGUGUGGUUCAUUCAUUUAUGAUGACUACAACAUUUGAGUGAGAGAAUUCAGUCCUAAUUUAUAUGCUUUUACCGAGUAACAACCGAAGAGUAUCACAGACCCUUUUUUCUUAUCUUUGACAUAGAUUAUCAAUAUCAGGAGCUUGUAUAAUUUAGAUGUCUUGUUAAGAACUGCAUUAUGUCAGGGAGAAUCUGUCGAACUUUUUGUGUUGAGCAAUGCCAAUUGCUAUUAUCUAUAGAUUCAUAUUUCUGAAA